ACAUGGCUCCGUAUUAUGAAGCACUCUGCAAGUCUCUUGAGUGGCAGAUAGACACGGAUCUGUUGAACAAAAUGAAGAAAGCUAACGAGGAAGAACUGAAACGCCUCGACAACGAAUUAGAAGAUGCGGAAAAGAUCUUGGGGGAGAGCGAAAUCCGAGAUGCCAUGAUGGCCAAAGCGGAGUACCUGUGCAGGAUUGGGGACAAGGAGGGAGCCCUGACUGCGUUCCGCAAGACAUACGACAAAACCGUGGCGCUGGGACAUCGUCUGGAUAUCGUGUUCUAUCUUCUGAGGAUUGGCUUGUUUUAUAUGGAUAACGACCUCAUCACGCGGAACAUUGAAAAGGCAAAAAGUCUGAUCGAAGAAGGAGGCGACUGGGACAGGAGAAACCGUCUCAAGGUGUACCAGGGCCUUUACUGUGUAGCCAUUCGAGAUUUCAAACAAGCAGCAGAGCUCUUCCUGGAUACAGUUUCGACAUUUACAUCCUACGAACUAAUGGAUUACAAGACGUUUGUCACCUACACGGUCUACGUCAGCAUGAUUGCCUUAGACAGGCCUGACCUGCGGGAAAAGGUUAUUAAAGGAGCGGAGAUUCUGGAGGUGUUACACAGUUUGCCAGCUGUACGACAGUAUCUCUUCUCGCUUUACGAGUGCCGUUACGCAGCCUUUUUCCAGUCGCUCGCUGUUGUGGAGCAAGAGAUGAAAAAGGAUUGGCUGUUUGCACCUCACUAUCGGUACUACGUACGGGAAAUGCGAAUUCACGCGUACAGCCAGCUCCUGGAGUCUUACCGCUCCCUGACGCUGGGAUACAUGGCGGAAGCGUUUGGAGUCAGCGUGGAAUUCAUCGAUCAGGAGCUUUCAAGAUUUAUCGCAGCCGGGCGAUUACACUGCAAAAUAGACAAAGUCAACGAGAUCGUAGAGACGAACAGGCCUGACAGCAAGAAUUGGCAGUACCAAGAAACCAUCAAGAAAGGAGAUUUGCUGCUAAACAGAGUUCAGAAACUUUCCAGAGUAAUUAACAUGUAAUUUUUUUUAAAGCAAGGGAAUGCAAACUUCAGAUGAUUUAAGGCGUUUUGGAAGUGACCUCUAAAUAUGCUGUUUAACUGUAGGUUAAAUCACUAGCGAGAGAGGUAGCGCUUUCACUUCCCGCGUCA